AUAUAAAUAAGUGAUUUAAAUGUGGCGAAAUGUCAUAAAAAUUUCAUAACAAUACCAAACUCCAAAAGUUCAAGUGGUCUAUUUAUUUAUUUAUAUACCGAUUUCUGAUUGUUGGGAAUUAAUUUUGUAUAAAAAUGAGACUUUUUACUCACUGCUGAUAGCUGGUGAUUGUAGUGUGUAAAUUUGUACGAAGGAAACAUGAGUAUUGUGCGAGAAUACGAUAAUUUUUUGGAAUUGAGGAAACAAGAAACCUCGAAUUUUCUCUGGAUAUCAAAGAAAUGGAAUCCUCAAAUUGCAUUUAAACAGGGAAGCACCAGACCCUCUCCCCAAUAUCACAAAGAUGCAGUUUUAAAUAGUCCAAAAAUUCAAGAUUUAUUAGAACAAAUAAGUUUAAAAACAAACGUUCCAAAAGUCGAGUUGGAACAUCAAGUAAAGGAUAUUUUAGAUGAAAUAGGCUACGAAAAAAAAUUAAAGGUCAUCCGAUGGCUGGGCUUAAUAUUAACUAAAAUUUGUCUAACCGUUUUGUCUGGAAUUUAUGUUAAUGUGGAACAAGUCGAACAGAUUAAAAAUCAAAUGGGAAACUGUCCAGUUAUUUUCGUACCUACACACAGAAGUUAUGGUGAUUUCAUAAUGAUGUCAUAUUUAUCGUUUCAAUAUGACAUUGAAAUACCAGCUAUCGCUGCAGGCAUGGAUUUUUUUGGAAUGUGGGGUAUGGGAACAUUGCUUCGAGAUACGGGAGCUUUUUUCAUGAGAAGAUCGUACAAUGACGAUAGUUUAUAUUGGACCACAUUUAAACAGUAUAUUUAUCAGUUGGUCAGUAAAGGCGAUUUGCCUAUAGAAUUCUUUAUUGAAGGUACUAGAAGCAGAAGCAAUAAAUCACUUACCCCUAAAUAUGGUUUACUCACCAUGGUACUUAAACCUUUCUUCUUUUCCCAAGUACCUGACAUACAAUUUGUACCGAUAGGUUUCAGUUACGAUAGAAUCCUAGAAGAAAGCCUGUUUGCCUUUGAAUUACUUGGAGUACCGAAGCCCAAAGAAACUACUUCAGGUUUCUUCAAGUCGAUGAAGAUUUUAAAAGAAAACUUCGGCAACAUUUACAUUCACAUGGACAAGCCGAUAUCAGCGAAGGAAUUUUUCGGCAGUAAACUCGACAGGAGCGUUCACAAUUUAACGCCUUUGCACAAACAGGAAGUCACGGAAGAUGAGAAAACGCUUCUGCCGCCGUUGGCGUACGAGAUAUUGAACCGCCAACAGAAGGUUCUCGUUACGACGGUUUUCAAUCUAGUUUCCCUCGUACUGAACAAUAAUCUGGCGUACGAAACUGAAUUGUUGUCGAUGGAGGAACUAGCAUGCGACGUGAAAUGGAUCCGGGAGAUACUGAGAUCGCUCGGAGGUUUCACGCACACAACCAACAUCGAAAGGAGUAUCGAUGAUUGCUUGAAAACCCACAAGAACCUCGUAUACCUAAAUAGAAAAGGAAAACUGAAACUGGUUAGAAAUCCAAUAAGCCAAGGAGAAAUUAAUCACAAGAAAUUAAAGGGGCAUUAUCUUAGUGAUGAUACAAUGACUUAUUCGGUGCCGUUCGUUACGUUGCAAAUUUAUAUUAAUCCCAUUCUUCACUACUUUAUCGAUAUCGAUAUUAUUUUGGUUAUUUUAGAUACCAGACCUAUGAAUGAAGAUGAACUGUUUGAAAGCUAUUGCUUCUUGAGGUGUUUGUUUUCAAGGGAAUUUAUUACUUUUGCACCCAAGGAUAAGACGGCAUUUAAUGCAGCUAUGAAUGAUGCAAUAUCAUUAAACCUGGUUAAUUUAAAUAAUGGAAAAUACCAAUUAGCAAACAACAAGAAACUUGGAAUGCUAAUCGUCAAUACAUUUUAUACAUUUUAUGUGUCAUUUUUUGCCACAUUGUUGAUAUUAGAGAGACUUCCAAGUGUAGUUGAUGAAAAAUCGAUUUUGGCAAAUGUUCAGAAGCUUUUAGAAGAUGCUAUUGUGGACAAACAUAAGGAGUUUAUCCAUCCUUAUUCGUUAAAUUUAGAUACUUUGGCAAAUUGUUUGAAUAGCUUAGUGGAUGAGAAAGUUUUACAGAAAACUAGAAGGGACAACGUAAAUGCGUACGAGAUUAACAAAAUAAAAUUGAAGGAUGUUAAGGACAAUUUCGCGAGAUAUAUGACAAGAUGUUCAAUCGAAGAAAGAUGCCAAAUUAUUAAUAAAAUCCACUUACAAAACAAAUUGUAAUUAAGAUAAAACCUUUCAAGACUGGAAUUGUUUAUAUUUUUUAUCUGAAUUAAAUGUGUGUUGUUAAGUUUUACUCACUUUUUUAAUG